ACAGAAAAACACUCAAGCAUGCUCCAGACAGCAGGAUGCUAUCGAUUCAUGAGGACACUGGAGGAUAAGAAGAAGGUAGUAGCGGAUUACAUUCAGUGGUACUUCAUCUACCGAAAUCAUCUUUCCAUCCAAAGUUUCAGAGAGGGUCUAGCAACACUGGAUUUUCUAAAUGCCCUGGAACAGCAUCCUUCACUCUUCUUCUCAUUCAUGUGCUACACUGAGACCAGGCUGACAGCUGAUCUUCUGGAGAACAUCUUUCAUGUACAAUUUGGUCCACCUGGCAGCUCUAGGCGUCAAGAGGAGACAAGAGUACUAAGCUACUGGCAAGACUAUCUGCUUUCUGUAGAAGAGAGAAAUGGAAGUCUGUAUCUUGAAGACAUCCUUAUGUUUGCAACUGGACUGAGGGAAAUUCCUCCUGCAGCCAUUCAGCCAAAGCCACAGCUUCUUUUCCAGACCACUUCACGCUUCCCUGUAGCAGAUGUCUGUGCAAUUACUAUCAAAAUCCCAGUGUUACACAGUUAUGAGGACUUCCAAGAAGCCAUGGAUUAUGGCAUCCAGAACUCUCCUGGGUUUGGGCUUCCCUAAGGUCCAAGUCCUUUUGCUUUUAAGCCACGUUUAUGGUUUUAGCAAACAUUUGAAGUUUGUGAUUUUAAAAUCUGAAAGUUUUGUUUCUAAUAAUUUAUAAUAAUUUCUGUAAAUCAUAUAAAGUUUAAUGCAUCUCAGCAAGUUCAAUCAUGUUUUGGAUUUUCAAAAGCAUAAUAUCAUAAUGGGACAAUAGAACAAGUUAGACAUAUUUCACUGUGUUAAGAAAUUGCCAAAGUAACAAAAUAAAACAUUUCUGAAGUAUUCUAAUGUACUGAGACACGCUAGUAUAAUAACACGGGGGAAAAAAUCUGAUAAAUUCACUUAAAAGGCUUUAUUUAAUCAAACACUUCUGUGUUUGAUUACAUUUUUUGUAAGAUAUGCAAUUUGUUCUUUGAGUUAAAAAAAAGAAAGAAAA